AUGGGGUUCCGUGCUGUCAACGUGACCGCGUGUGCCAUCUUUCCCUGCAUUAAAACAUACAAUAUCUCGGUGACUGACGGCCUUCUCAAUACCCAGGAACUGUCCUCAUGGUCAGAUCCGGACGGGUAUCAACUUGGCAACUGUGUGCCCGGGGGACUAUGUCUGUCACCUCCGAGCUCUGCCGUACUAGUCAACCGGCGAUCCGAGUCCGAGCUAGAGAGCAACGUUUUUGUAGUGGAUGAGAUUACAGCCGAGGGCUUGAAGAGCCUUCUGCAAGGCGCCUUCAGUGGAACGGCAUCGGCCGGCAACUCUGGCCUCCGGGAUGGCUAUGGCAUUACGUAUUCUUCGGAGAUCAUGCAAGCUCUACAUCUUGCCGACGAUCUGGGGGCGUUGAUGGCUUCGUUUGCGGCCUCGAUGUCCGACCACAUCCGCAAUGUCAGUGCAGUGACGGAAACGGGGACGGCGUGGGCAAUGGAAAGCUAUAUCCAGGUGCGUUGGCGGUGGCUGAUUCUGCCGAUGAGCUUAGGCCCCGCAUCUCUCUGCUCCUUGUGCGCUGUCAUCUGCAUCAGUCGUCGCCGGGAGGUUCAGGUCUGGAAGUCGUCGACACUUGCAACACUGUUUCAUGGCCUUGACAACUUGGAGAAUGGGCCAGACCUGAACCGUCAGAGUGACAUGGAAUCCUUCUCGAAGCAAAUCAUUGUGAGAUUACAUCCUCGUGAUGAGACGAGUGUGGGGAGGCCGGUGCUCAAAGAGACACCUCCAGACCGAUUGGCGUUGAAGAACCUUGCUUCGAAUAGGCCGGGUGGACUGGCCGUGGUCGACAACGUUUCGUCUGCUUCAGCCGAUAAACUUCUUCCAUCACGUCAAUUGCCCGAGGCGGACCAUUUUGCUGUUCGAAUACAUCCAACACGCACCUGGUAG